AUGUCUGGAAAAAUCGUCAAUGUUGCUGUCAUCGGUGCUGGUGUCGUGGGGACCUCCUUCUUAAACCAAAUUACCACCAUGAAAUCAUCCAUCCAAUAUAACUUAAUUGCCAUCUUGGAAGCUGAACAUUCUUUAAUCUCCAAGGACUACAAGCCUUUACAAUUGACUCCAGAUUGGAGAACUGCUCUAAACAAAUCUAACGAGAAGAGUCUGCCACUACCAGAAUUGAUUGAGUACUUGAAGAAAUCUCCUCUACCAACCAUUUUGGUCGAUAACACUUCCAGUGCCUACGUUGCUGGAUUCUAUCCAAAGAUUGUAGAAAAUGGAAUUUCCAUUGCUACUCCAAACAAGAAGGCCUUCUCUUCCGAUUUGGCUACAUGGAAACAAUUAUUCGCUGGUAAGCCAACUGAUGGUCUAGUUUACCAUGAAGCCACCGUUGGUGCUGGUCUUCCAAUUAUCUCUUUCCUAAGAGAAAUUAUUCAAACCGGUGAUGAAGUAGAAAAAAUUGAAGGUAUCUUCUCCGGUACUUUAUCUUACAUCUUUAACGAAUUCUCCACCGUUGAAAAGAAUGACGUCAAAUUCUCUGACGUUGUCAAGGUGGCUAAACAAUUAGGUUACACUGAACCAGAUCCAAGAGAUGAUUUGAAUGGGUUAGAUGUUGCUAGAAAGGUCACAAUCGUUGCUAGAAUUUCCGGUUUACAAGUGGAAAACCCAACCUCUUUCCCUGUUCAGUCUUUGAUCCCAAAACCAUUAGAAACUAUUGAAUCCGCUGCUGAAUUCUUGGAAAAAUUACCACAAUACGAUGAUGAAUUGACUAAAUUGAAGGAAGAAGCCGCUGCUGAAAACAAAGUCUUGAGAUUCAUUGGCAAAGUGGAUGUGGCUACCAACUCUACUUCUGUUGGUAUUGAAAAGUACGAUUACUCUCAUCCAUUUGCCGCAUUGAAGGGUUCUGAUAAUGUUAUCUCCAUUAAGACUAAACGUUACCAAAAUCCAGUCAUUAUUCAAGGUGCAGGUGCAGGUGCAGAUGUUACUGCUGCUGGUAUCUUGGGUGAUGUCAUUAAGAUUGCUCAAAGAUUAUAA